UAUUUUAAUGCAUCUUAUUUUCUUAUUUAUUUAUUUAUUUAUUUAGUUAGUUAUUUUUAAGAUUCCUAAAAGUUCCUGCUCUGUAAUUACUCUGUAAUUGCCAGGUGUCAUAUUAAUCCUGUAGGCUUUAGGUUAUAUAGCCAUUUAAUUUAAAACAGACAUCAAUAAAUUGUAAUUAAUCCUUAGGUGGUCAGCUUUAUACAAAUUGAUUAUUUUAGUUUUUUUUUGUUUUGUUUUUUUUCCCCCCAGGAAAUGGGUAUGCUAAACAUUCCCCCUGCAUUGAUUGAUAAAAAGAAUGGGCUUUGGAACUUAUUUGCUUUUCUUUCUUUCUUUCUUUCUUUUUAUUUCUCUGCAUUUUAAGAUGUCAGAUGGUCAGUACUGAGAUGAUCAAAGUGGAUUUUAGGUAGGGGAAGAUACUGCUGAUUAUUUAUAAUAAAAUGUUAAUAAUCAGUAACAAUUAAAACAAACAAUAUUCUUCUCAGAAGUCCAAUAAAGUCUUUGACAUGAUUUAAAAAUGAGACUGUUUAAAAUACAAGUUUAUUUGAUCUUAUAUAUCAGAGAUAUAUAUAUAUAUAUAUAUGAGAUCCAUGAUCCGCAGGAGUCGAUUCAUCAACCGAGUUCACUUAGUUGACACCCGAGCGCCACGCACGGGACGUCGUCUGGUUCUGCGUGAUGACGCAUUUACGUCCGUUGUAGGCGACGCAACUUUACGUAACUGAGGUUUCUGUUAUGGCCGUCUCACGUCAUGUAACCAAAACAAGCUGCAAGAUGAUAGCGUUUUUUCACGUUAAUAUAUAAUGUCUGAAUUUCUCUAGUUUUGCUAAACAUGGCGAUAUUUUUUCUUCCAUAAUGGGUUUGGUAAUUAUAUAACCGCAGGCAGAGACAAGAGAAAGACAGUGAUUUAGUUCGGUAGGCACAGAGCUCGUUAGCGUUAGCAUUAGCAUUAGCAUUAGCGACUGAGGCUCCCGGCUGUGUCUCGGCUGUGUAACCGGGGCAGGAGGUGCUGCAGUGUGGAAGAAAGCUGUGUUUACAACCGCUGAAGAGACGGGGAACAGGAUUGGGAAGCAGCAGGGGGAAGCGGCGGCCGGUGCCGAGCCCGUGGAGAAGAUGGCAGGCAGCCCGGAGAAGAGCUGCUCCUCAGCUCAGGAGCUCAAAGAGCAUGGCAACCGCCUGUUCCUCUGCAGGAAGUACCAGGAGGCCGUCACCUGCUACAGCAAAGCUAUCAACCGGAACCCAUCAGUAGCGGUGUACUACACUAAUAGAGCGCUGUGCUACGUGAAGCUGCAGCAGUAUGAUAAGGCUCUGGCCGACUGUAAACAUGCGCUGGAGCUGGACAGCCAGUCAGUGAAAGCACAUUUCUUCCUGGGUCAGUGUCAUCUGGAGCUGGAGAACUAUGAAGAGGCUAUCGGAAAUCUACAAAGAGCGUAUAACCUGGCUAAAGAGCAGCGUCUGAACUUUGGCGAUGACAUUCCCAGCGCCCUGCGUUACGCCAAGAAGAAGCGAUGGAACAGCAUGGAGGAGAAGCGCAUCAGCCAGGAGAAUGAGCUGCACGCCUAUCUCACCAAACUCAUCCUGGCUGAGCGCGAGCGGGAACUCGAAGACUACAGAGAGAAGCAGGGUGACGACAAUCUGAUCGACAGUGACAUCAGCAAAAUCAAAACGAAACACGAUAAAUAUCUGAUGGACAUGGAUGAGCUCUUUUCCCAAGUGGAUGAGAAGAGGAAGGUGAGUUGGAAGCGAGAGAUCCCUGACUAUCUGUGUGGAAAGAUCAGCUUUGAGCUAAUGAGGGAACCGUGCAUCACACCGAGCGGCAUCACAUACGACCGCAAAGACAUCGAGGAGCACUUACAGCGUGUCGGCCAUUUUGACCCCGUGACCCGAAGUCCCCUGACCCAGGAUCAGCUGAUCCCUAACCUGGCCAUGAAGGAGGUGAUCGAUGCCUUUAUCCAGGAGAACGGCUGGGUGGAGGACUACUAAACACACACACACACACACACACACACACACACACACACACACACACACACACACACACACAGAGACGGGAGGGGUGUGAGGGGUGUGAGGGUGGGUCAGAGUUGCUUCUGGAUGUAUGUGUGCACUUUAAACAGGGGAACUUUGCUCUGACUCACUCCCUAAUGCUGGACUCUCUCAGGUCUCCCUCUCUAUCUAUAUAUCUAUGUCUUAUUCUGUCCAUUUUAUCUCCAUCUGUGUAUCCUCUUUCUCUCUCUCUCUCUCUCUCUCUCUCUCUCUCUCUCUCUCUCUCUGCUCUGAUGUAAUGUCGUAUCAGUGUGAACUUGAUAAAGGUGAAGAGUGUGUACUUUAUGUUCCUGACUGAUCUCACACACAAGAACACUUUACCUGUGCCUCCUGUUGCUCCUGAGCGUGUUAAGUGCUGGACCAUGAGAAGAUCAGUUACUCUUCACAUGUAUUACGGGGAUAAAACGCACUGUAAUAUUCAGUUUGGGUGUGUGUGGGUGUGUGUGUGUGUGGGUGGGUGUGUGUGUGUGUGUGUGUAUAUAUAUAUAUAUAUUAUACACACACACACGCACACAUCCAUGUUCAACAGUCUUGGGGAAUUAAGGAGCUUCACAAUGCUUAAUAAGCGCAUAUUAAACAUGUAGGAUGUUAUUACAGUUUAAUUAAAAUGUUAGAGUUGUAGUUAACUACAAUUGGAUCUGUGUGUGUGUCUCUCCUAAUGUUGUAUGUUUUUACAUAAUACACACACACACAGACACAAGUGUUUCUAUCCAUCAAAGUUCAGUAGGUUCUAAAUCACUGCUAACCAAUCAGAGAAAAUGGGGCGGAGCUUGAGAAUCACAACAGGAUGCAAUCGGGGUAACGGCAGACGGGAUCUUGUUUUGUGUGUGUGUGUGGGUGAGAGAGACAGUAAGAGGGAGGAAUAUAGUGUAUUGGAUGUUUUGUUUUCUCCCGAACACACACACACACACCUUGUGCCGUUAGCUUUACAUAGACAAGUUGCUAAAGUUCAACGUUACAGUUCGCUGCAAGUAUUCAGGCAGGAAGUGGAAUGGCUGGGCGCAUGUUAAAUAAAUCUUAUUUUUUCUAAAAA